AUGCUCUGCAACCUCUUCGACAAGCGCUUCUGCAGGUUCAUUCCCACGACCGCCUUCUGCUUCCUCCCGAGCACCGAUUUCCCGCGCCUGCCUGUGGUAGAUGCCCGCCACGGCCGUGUCCUCGGUCAGAGGGGCAGCAUGCUUGUGGUCUGGGACCCCAUCACGGAUAAGAUGCGGGAGCUUCCCUUUCCGCAGAAGUCAGACACCUGGACCGCUGCAGUUCUCUGCUCUGCCGCUGCUGGCGCCUGCAACCACCUUGAUUGCCACAAUGGACCCUUCCGCGUUGUGUUUGUGUGCGUCAACAUAGGCAGUGCCUUAGUCUACACCUACUCAUCCAAUGCUGCUGCCUGGAGUGAACCAGUUGGGCCUCAGCAAAAUUACCACGUCGACCCCUUUAUGGGCAGCGCGCUUGUGGGGAACGCUCUCUACUUUGGGAAUCUGGUGCGAUCCACAGCUCUCAAGUACGAUUUGGAAUUGUGUCAAUUGUCGUUGAUUUGCCUACCAUCUCUAUGGCGGAGGUCUCAGCUGCAGGAGUCUCUGCUUACAACCAUGGAGGAUGGUGGACUAGGGCUCGUCAGGAGAGAUGACUCCAAACUUUACAUGUGGUCAAGGAAGGAUACUCAUGAAGUACAUGCUACAUGGGAAAGAAGCGUCAUUGAACUUAAGACAGUGUUCCCUGUUGAUAUUGAUGUAACCAAACUUAUUUUGAUUGGCUCUGGUGUCGAUAUCAUUUUCAUGAGGACGGGCAAUGAGGUCUAUACAAUUGAUCUAAGGACCUAUAAGGUGAAGAAGGUAUAUGAGGGCAUAAUUCUCACCAUCCUUCCGUACAUGAGCUUCUACACUGCAGUGUUUCGAGUGGCCACCACAGGCUUGUACAGCAAGAGAAAAUGUGUAACCAUGCAGACACUGAUAGGUCAACAAGAUUUCAGAGAGAUGAAGGAUUCAGGGACAUAUGUACAGGACAGCAUUCUCAGGCCAGGUGUUGGUAUCUGA